GCACAGCUUGUUAAAUACCAACAAAUACCGGCCAAUUGACGAUAAGGCACCCGUUGCACGUUCCGUGCGCUCAACUGUUGACUUUUUGCUGAACGCAAGAAAUCUGAACUUUUAUUUAUAUUGUUUUUACUUAUCGCCUACCGCAAAUACGGCCAUAAAACAAAGAUAAUUCGAAGUGCUGAUUAAAUGCCCAAUUGACAACACGAAUUGAAAGUGUAAGGAACAUACGAAUAUGAACAGCGGAGCGCGUAAUUUGUUGUUGCUCUCAUCGUCCCGUCUGCAUGGCUAUGGCUACUUGGAGCAUGCGCGCGCCCAACUGGAGGAUCUGUUCAAGGCUAAGAACGUGAAGACUGUGCUCUUUGUUCCCUAUGCACUGCGGGAUCAUGACAAAUAUACGGCAACCGUUAGAGCUGCACUGCAGCCAUGGGGCUAUGCGGUAGAGGGGCUGCACACAAAGUCCGAUCCGGGCAGGGCGCUGCGCGAGGCGCAGGCAAUUUUCGUGGGCGGCGGCAACACUUUCGUGCUGCUAAAGCAGCUGUACGAACUGCAGCUAAUCGAACUGAUACGCCAGCUGGUGCUGGAGCAGGGCAUCACCUAUGUGGGCAGCAGUGCCGGCACCAAUGUGGCCACACGCUCCAUACACACCACCAACGAUAUGCCAGUCAUGCAGCCGCCCAGCUUUGAGGCACUGGCGCUGGUCCCGUUCAACAUCAAUCCGCACUACUUGGACGCAGAUGUGAACAGCCAGCACAAGGGCGAGACGAGAGACGAACGAAUCGAGGAGUUCGUGAGCUACCAUGCACGACCCGUGCUCGGACUGCGCGAGGGCACCAGUCUGCGUGUCCAAGGCGAUCAGGCGAUGCUGCUAGGAGAACGCAAUGCCAAGCUCUUCAAAUCCGACGGCAGCACUGUGGAAUAUGAGCCACAGUCGGAUCUUAGCUUCCUGCUGAAGGCCUAGGCAUCGUAGCGCAGAUACGAGCUGGACAUAUAGCCAUCAAUCCAACAAAGAUUUUGUUUUACAUACAUUUAUUUGAUAUAUAUAACAACUAGUAUAUAAUCGGCAUGUUCAUAAUAGAUCUUACACAUAUUAUAUUUACAUUAUGUAUCGGCUGUAUAUAUAUAUUUAUAUAUCAUGCUAAAAACUAUGACUACACAUCAAAAAAAUCAGGCAAAAGAA